AGUGGGCCCCUGUUCACUGGCAAGCCAGAUAGCUAGACAGUCAGUAAGAUUAAGUGUCUGAGACCCUGGGCCUCAAGGGUAGUGGUGCCUGUGGACUUGCUCUCUAUGGUCUCCUUAAGCUUUGGGAAGUCCAGUCCUCUUCCCUUUUCUAUUGGGGAAGGUUUAGGUUUUUGUCUCUUUUGUUCAUGGAUACAUCUCACAGUUGCCUGGCCUGUAAUAACCAUUCAUGAAAUUUAUUGAAUAAAUAUGCUUGGAGGGCCCAGAGGGCAGUCUGAAGAAGACAGGGCACUUUGAAUUUCCUCUUAUCUUUUUUUUUUUUUUUGAAACAGAGUCUUCCUGCAGCCACCGCUGGCCUCGGACUCACUAUGUAGGCCAGGCUGGCCUGGAUCUCACCGAAAUCUGCCUGCCUCUGCCUCCUGAGUGCAGGGAUCAAAGGCGUAUGCCACCACACCCGGCUUAAAUCUCCUAUUAUCUUGAGGGAUGGCUUCUAGCUCCUUACAGAUGUUUGGGUCCCAUUUCUCUGACCUCUGGUUUCCUGGCCCAACUUAGGAGCUGGUUGGCCUUGGUCUCCCUUGCUCCUCUUCUCAGGCUUAGGCUUUUGCCUGGCACCCGGGCCCUUUGUUCCAGCUCAGCCAGCCCGGUCCUAAGGUGCAGAAACUCCUGUCUGGCCCUUCUCCGUCUUCAUUUUUGGCCUCAGGGAAGCCUCCUUUGCAGCGCGCCACCGGGGCUUUUUCCCUUUCUAGGAUGUGGGGAUAAUGGGAAAGAUUCUGCCUCGCCUGCUGGUCAGUGAGCACAGGUUACCCUAACCUAGAGCUACCCCAACAGAGGCCUCUUGCCUGCUCCUGACUGCGUGCAAGGUGGGCGCGAGGCGGACCUAGGUCCGAGCGGAGGGACUGGGGAGGGAUGAACUUGGCGAGGGCUGGCAGUUGUCAACCCCAAGGGGGUCAGGCGCGGCUGGCGGGGGCUGCGAGGAGGGGAUGAGAGAGGAGCCAGCUGCAGGCUACGAAGAGUGGCGGAGCAGACUUCCGUCUAGACUGCCGUGCCGAAGGCGGGGUCGAGAUGGGGGUCGGGCUAAGGGCGGGACCUAGGUGCUGGGGGCGGAGUCCGGGCCGCGUUAACCCCGAGUGGGAGUGGUGGAGAGACGCUAGGAUAGGAGGCGUGGGUUAUGGUGGGGGGUCAGGUCCUUGCUGGGGCCGAGGCAGAGGUGGGCGGGGCCGGGGAGCACUGCCGCUCGCUCCACCCUGUAGGCGGUGCCACAGGCAGCCUGGGGUGCGACUGGCCCGGCGCGGCUCCGAGGGCCCGCCGCGAGCUCCGCCUGGGGCCGGGCCGGGCGCUCCGGGGGCGGUGCGGCGGGGUUCAGGUACCUCGGCUGCUCCACGUCGCCAGGACGCCGGCGUGUUGGAGUGCGGAGCUCGGCCGCGGCGAAGCUGAGCCCAGGCCGGUCCCUGUGUCCCGAGUGCCGCCCGCGAAGUCAUGGCUGGGCCGGGCCCCGGGGACCAGGACGAACACUACGAUUUCCUGUUCAAGCUGGUGCUGGUGGGCGACGCGAGCGUGGGCAAGACGUGCGUGGUACAGCGCUUCAAGACCGGCGUCUUCUCGGCGCGCCAGGGCAGCACCAUCGGCGUCGACUUCACCAUGAAGACGCUGGAGAUCCAGGGCAAGCGGGUCAAGGUGGGGAGCGGCGCGGCCAGGGGGUGCCUUCUGUCCGGUCCCCUUUCCCGGCCCCUUCCGUCGGAGCGCGCCUGGGCCUGGGGUCGGCGAUCCGUCCAGCUACAGAUCUGGGACACAGCCGGCCAGGAGCGGUUCCGAACCAUCACCCAGAGCUACUACCGCAGUGCCAAUGGGGCCAUCCUCGCUUAUGACAUCACUAAGAGGAGCACCUUCUUGUCAGUGCCUCACUGGAUUGAGGAUGUAAGGAAGUAUGCAGGCUCCAACAUUGUUCAGCUGCUGAUUGGAAACAAGUCAGACCUUGCUGAUUUCCGGGAGGUCCCACUGACUGAGGCGCAGAGCCUGGCUGAGCACUAUGACAUCCUCUGUGCCAUUGAGACCUCUGCCAAGGACUCCAGCAACGUGGAAGAAGCCUUCAUGAGGGUGGCCACCGAGCUCAUCAUGAGGCAUGGAGGUCCCAUGUUCAGUGAGAAGGGCACCGAUCAUAUCCAGCUGGACAGCAAGGACAUUGCCGAGAGCUGGGGCUGUGGGUGCUGACUGGGGGGCAGGGCAGGCAGGCCAGGAUCUCAUCUCCUUUGUCUCCAGCCUGCCAAGCCUAGCCCCCUCGAGCCCACCUUCUAGGGUAUUGGAUUUCUAGAGGGAUUCUGCACCCCUGGCCUGGAUGCUGGGUGGGAAGGGGCAAGCAGGGCACCCUGUACAGAAGGCUGUUGGCCCAGGGCAGGGUGUGGACCAUCCUGCCAGCCACUAUCCAAGCCCUCCAUGUUCUACACAUUCCAGGACUAGCCUGAACCUGACAGAACUGUGGUGGGACUGCAUCGUGCCUGGACUGCUGCAGUAGUACAGCAGGUUGCUGCUCUUGAGAGAUGUGGCUGGCACCACAAGUUCUUCCAGGUCAUUCUUGGGCUUCUGUCUGGAGUUCAGAAAGCAUAUCAGCUAGACCAACAUACUGGUGCCAAGCCUAGUUCCUGGGAAGCCUGAGCUUAUCCAGGUGGAAGCUGUGUCCUCCUUUCACUGCCAGCUUGAAGCUCUUAGACAACUUCCUGGGGCCUGGCUUGAUGCCUUACUAAGACGUCAAGUUUUUUUGGUUUUCCAUGUAGCUUCUCAUUUUCAUCAGCCUAAGUAUAGGGUUAUGGCCAGUGGCCAGUGGGGGACUUCCUGCUGGCUUGAGGCCUAAAAUUUUGCCAGUUAGGUUGCAAAACCAGCUAAUCUUUUAGUGCUGUUGGGGGGUGAGGUGAGAUAGGAAAAUGAAUGUUUAAGGGAAAAGAAGCAACUUGCAGGGGGCAGCUCACUGGUCGGGCAGAUGCUUAGUGUUUGGGUUCAUUCUUCAGCAACAAAAACAAAAAAGCAGCUUAUGUUGUGUCCCAGAGGCUGAGGCCUGAGGGACCUGUGGACACCAGCCCUGCCUACUAUGUAGAAAUCUUCCCUGCCAUAGUCAGUUGCUUCCAGUUCCUUGAUCAUCCUGGUCUGGCUUACAGUUUCUCAAACGAAAAACAUGAGGUCCUGGCAGUCCUUGAUCCUGCCAUUCUCCUGCCCCCACCUCCAGUCCUUACCACUGUCUCUUUGGGUUAGAAGGAAAAACUGGAGAUCAAAGUAAAUGGGUGCAGGGAUCUGGGACUGGGGAGCCAGGGGAUGUUUCCAAGGUAAUCCUAGACUCUUCAUGUUAACCCUGUUAUGCCUUUCUACCCCCUCAGUGUAGACCGUCCCCCUGCAUUCCCAAGAAACUUCUCUUAGACCCAGGAGGAGUCCACAUUAGCCAUUGGGCCAGGUUCAGUCCAAUCAUGGAGAGGGGCUGUGCUACCCCCAAGGCUAUCCUUGCUGCUCACCUUGAACAUUCCGGUCUGUCCAUCCCUUUCCUGGGCAGAUCUGGCCAUGGCCAGAAGCAGGGCUUUGCGGCAGCUGUAUCCAGCUAAGGAGAUAGAAUGUGGUGGCUGAGAUAAGCAGAGCUAGACACUGGUGGCUGAAUGUGCACCUACGGGUCCCCUUCCAGUCAGGAGGCAGUCUGUGGGAUGGUUGAGCCUGGUUCUAGUGAGGAGGAAGGUCCCUGAGUGUGUCAGGACUUGCUCUGAGGGCUGCAGGUAGGAUUACUGGCUGUAUACUGUGGGAGGUACAAGUAGCAACUGCCUGGCUUUCCUGGACCUGAUAGAGUGGGGCCGUGGGCUGUGCCUGCUGGUUUCAGUUGGCUUAAGUUCCUGGCAGAAAGAGCUGGUUCCUUCUCUGACCCCUCCUUGGUAGAGCCUGGGUUCCUCUCAUGAGCACAGUUCCCAGCACUGAGAGUGUCCUUCAGACUGUACAUGGAACCAUCUGGAACAUCGUGUUCCAUGAGCCACUCUGAGACUGCUGUUCUGGGGUUAGGAAGGCAGAGCUGAGGCAUACACUCAGGCUGAAAGGGGAGUUCUCAGAACCCUGUUCUUUUGUGGAAUGGUGGGAAGCUUGCCACACAUCUUGGACCUGUGUCUGGUGUUCAAGUAGAAAUUGUUUUCAAGACACGCCUGGCCAUCCAAGCUUAGGUACUGACUGACCCUGCCAUAGCUAUACACUAGAGAAGUUUCACUCUUCUCUGCAGCAGUAUCAGGGUUGGGCUCAGCCAGGACAUUGGGGCCCUUUUCAUCCUCAGGGCCUAGAGAAGGGAGGUCAGGAGCCUGCUCUAUACAGAUUUCUACCCUUUCCUUCACAGGAUGGCAACCUACGGGUGAUGGGGCUCACUUGCCACCUUGGGCCAUGAGCCUCUUUCACACUCGAAGGGCUGGAGGUAUGCAUCCCACAAGGGCUAACUCAAAACGGAAGAGAACAGAGCCCUGCUUGGAUCCAUAGAGCCUUUUCUGUGAUGGCCUCUUGGCUCACCCAGCAACCAGGGAGAUCACAUCCUUCGCCGUUCUCAGGAAGUUCACUUCCUUUUCACAAUCCCGAGGUGUUGAAGGUGUGAGGCUCUGCCCCUGUGCUCUUGAACAGGAGCAGCCCUGCUCUCAAGAGUUUAGCCAGACACCAACAUCCCCUUGAGCCCUGUAUCCCCCCACCCUUGCCCCGAUGACCACCCUGUCCUCUCAUUUAAACACCCUUCUGUCCUCAGUGGCCCCAGUUCCACUGCCAGGCAGCAGGUCUGGAAGGCCAGGCCAGGCCAGUGCCCUAAGUUAGGGCCAUCAGUGUGGAUAACCAUGGCCUCCACAGCCUGUCCAGCUUCUUUCUACUCUGUCCUGUCUGAGUCAGCCUGGCUUCCCUCUCCCAGACCUCUGCCUGCCUGCCUUCUAUUCACAGCACAGAAUCCCACAAAUGACCCAGUGGACACAUCUCCAAGGGGAGAUGGCUCCUCCCCCGCCACAAGCCUUAUUAUCUCUAGAACUUGCCCUGUCGGACAGUUCUUUGACUCCUCAUUCUGUACCCUGGGAGGGCCACAAGUCUGGACUGAAGCUGGUUCCUGCAGAGCAGCUUUGGCCAUCCCAUUCACCUUCAGAGGCUCACAUCUUCAGAUACUAGUGCCAGGGUCCUAGGCCCAGGCCCUCAGCAGAGGCACCUGAUCUGGGCCUUGGGCUUUGUUAAAGGCCUGGACUUGAGUGCUAGAAAACGAAGUGUGUGAACUGGGAAAACAAAAUCAGCUUUGCUUCCCCUGGGCAGGCUUGACUGGCCCCCAGUAGCCUGGGGCCUUUGGGGCAGUAGAAGUUUAAUAUCUUCCUUUGUUUAUAAACUACCAAACAGCAGGUGGAGGUUAGAGUGCUGGGGAGGCAAGGAGUUGCCCACAGGAAAAGGCUGGGUAGGGCCAGAGUGUAGUAGGAGUAGAGAGGAAAGGUCUCAGGUGUUGGCCACUAAAGGUACCAGAGAAAGGGUUCCACGUCCCCUUGGGUAAGGGUCUGUCCCCAAGGGCACAGGCCCCAAUUGGGGGGAGCUAUAGGGAACCCCGGUUUCUCAUUGAAUUGGUCACCUGCUUCCAGGAUGUUGCCAGCAGUGGGCCUCUAGCCAGAUUCUCACCCCUUUAGGGCCUGGACAGAUGCAGCACUGCCAGCCCAAGGAUGCCAUGUGCAUUGGGGACAUUUUCACAUUACCUAUUUAUGAAUAUGUAAAUAUAUCAGAUCUAUUUUUGAAACAUGAAAGUUGCCUUUAUGAAGAUAUCACAGAGCCAGUGUACAAUUCAGCCAUUAAACAUUUCUGUACUGAGUCAA